AUGAUGAUAAUAAAACAACGAAAUUGUCAAUGGAUAAUACCUUAUUUUUUGCAUAUUUUGAUUUUAUUUAAGAUUAUACCAAUAUUUUCUUCAUUUUUCCUUUUUGUUGAGGGCAAAAAUGAGCCAUUACGAGGUGUUCCAGAAUCAAGAAAAUCUCUGUAUAAAUCUGAGAAUGGGGUGUGGAAAUGUCUUAAUACUUCUAAAUAUAUUCCUUUUUCACGUUUGAAUGAUGAUUGGUGUGAUUGUGAGGAUGGAUCAGAUGAGCCUGGGACGUCUGCAUGUCCAAAUGGAGUGUUUUCAUGUAAAAACUUGGGACAUAUUUCAAAAUUUAUACCAACAUCGUAUUUGAAUGAUGGAAUAUGUGAUUGUUGUGAUGGAUCGGACGAAUAUGAGGGUAUUAUUGAGUGUAAAAAUACAUGUGAAGAAGAAAAUAAGAAAUAUAAACAAGAAAUAUUGAAAAAAAAAUAUAUUUAUGAUAAAGGAUCGAAAAUUCGUCAAGAAUGGAUGGAAAAAGCUAAUAAAAUGAUGCUGGAUUUGAAAAAAGAGGUAAAAAAGCUUGAAAUAGAGUUAAAUAAUGCAAUUCGUGAAGACCAGAUCUUGAAAAAGCAAGAAGCGAAGGAAAAAUUGAAGAAAAUAAAGUUUAAAAAUGAUACUUUUAUCGUUCUCUUUAAUAAUAAGUUCGAUAAAUUGUUUGAAAAAUAUAACGAUUUAUUCAUGUCUUUUAUUCAGUUUGAAAAGGAAAGUUUAUUUGUUAUUGAAGAUGUUUUAAAUUACUUAAAAACCUAUAAAGAUUCUUCAGAAUUGUCUUUAGAUGAUGUUAUAACUUCCAUAGAAGAUAAAAGUCGAGAUUUAACCACUAAAAGAGAUACUUAUGACAAUUAUGUAACGAAUUUGAAUGAUGAAUCUAAAAAGUUUAUUAAGCUUAUUGAAGAGGAAUAUUAUUUGUUAAAGAAAAAAUCCAUAUUUGACUCAAUUGAGGAAUGGUUUACACAUAUUUUUAAUAAAGUAAAACAAUAUCUUGUCACACGCAAAAUAUUACUUAGUAAUGAUAAUAGUGAUCCACAAUGUAUGAUAAAUUAUGAAACUUUCGAUGAAUCAAAUGAAAAGAUACUUUUAUUGAAAGAAAAAUUGGAAGAAAAACAAGCAAUAAUGAAAAAAAAUGCAGAAGGUUUCAACAUUUAUUAUGCUGUUAAAGACGAAACGUUAAAAUUUAAAUUCAAAGAAUACCAAUAUGAGUUAACUUUUCUGAAAAAUGCGUAUCAAAUUUCCCUAAAUGAUAAUUAUCGCAUCUUUCUUGGUUCUUUUUCCCACUUUGAUGGUGUAAACAAAUUAUACUACCAUAAUGGAGAUCAAUGUUGGAAUGGUCCUUCGCGCUCUGUUGUUGUAGAAUUACACUGUGGUAUCAAAAAUGAAAUUGUUUCAACUAUAGAAUAUCAAAGAUGUAUGUAUUUUAUGAAAGUGUUUACUCCUGGUGCUUGUAUUUUACCUUCAUACGAAAUGCCAAAAGAUGAGCUGUAA